AUGGCGCAGGAAUUCAGGCUCAAGGACUUGACCUCUCUCUCCUUAUCGCCCGGCUCCAAGCAGGAGGUCGAGGUCGAGGGCGUGGAUGGCGGCAAGGUCUUGCUAGUCAAUACUGGAGGCCAGAUUCGAGCGAUUGGUGCCAAAUGUACGCACUACGGGGCGCCCCUUGCCAAAGGCGUCCUUGCUGCUGAUGGCCGAGUCAAAUGCCCAUGGCAUGGCGGUAGCACUGGUGACGUCGAAGAAGCUCCGGCCCUCGACGCCCUGCCUGUUUUCAAAGUCAUUGAGCGCAAUGGCGCCGUCUAUGUCAUUGGCGACGAAUCCGCAAUCAAAAAUUCCCGAAGGCAGCCCAACCUUAGCUGCGCCGGUCCUCCUACUGCAGACGAAAAGGUAGUCAUCGUUGGCGGGGGGUCUGGUGCACUAGGCGCUGUCGAGGGCUUGCGCGAAAAGGGCUUCACUGGUGGCAUCACCGUCAUCUCAAACGAGGGCUAUUAUCCCAUCGAUCGACCCAAACUGAGCAAGGCCCUCAUGACUGACCUUUCCAAGCUGCAAUGGAGAGAUAAAAGCUGGUUCGAGAGCGGCAACGUCGAGUGGGUGGAAGGUGAAGCUACUGCCGUCAACUUUGGAGAGCGCAAGGUUACCACCAAGAAUGGCCAAAAUAUUUCCUACACGAAAUUGAUCCUUGCCACUGGAGGAAUCCCUCGAACAUUACCCCUCAAUGGAUUCCGCGUGCUGGGAAACAUUUUUACAUUGCGAAAUGUACAUGAUGUCAAAGCCAUUGUCGGUGCUAUUGGCGACAAGGGCAAGAAGGUUGUCAUUGUUGGUGCAUCCUUCAUCGGCAUGGAAGUCGCCAAUGCCAUCUGCAAGGAUAACACUGUCACAGUCGCAGACAUGUCCAAGGUUCCCUUGGAGCGUGUCCUCGGCGAAAAAGUUGGUGCCGGUAUACAAAAGGCGGUAGAAUCCAAGGGUGUCAAGUUCCACUUGGGAGGCGGCAUCGAGAGGGCAGAACCAUCCCCGUCGAAUCCGUCUAAAGUUGGUGCCGUCAUUCUUCAAGACGGCACGAAACUGGAAGCCGACCUCGUUAUCCUGGGAGUCGGCGUUAUGCCUGCCACAGACUAUUUGCGAGACAACCCUGUCCUACGCCUCGAGAAGGAUGGAUCAGUCCAGACGGAUGAGAAUUUCCAGGUCUCUGGCCUCAAGGAUGUCUACGCAAUUGGAGAUAUUGCCACGCACCCAUAUUCAGGACCCGGGGGCGAGGGCAAGCUGGUUCGCAUUGAACACUGGAAUGUCGCCCAGAACUCAGGCCGCCACGUCGCCAACCAUAUUGUGAACCCAACUCAGAACCGACCCCUGAAUAUUCCCAUUUUCUGGUCCGCACUGGGUGCUCAGAUGCGAUAUUGCGGAAACACCGCCAAUGGAUGGGACGACGUGGUUGUCGAUGGCGAUCCGGCUGAGGCCAAGUUUGUUGCCUAUUACACCAAGGGCGAGACGGUCGUGGCCAUGGCUAGUAUGGGGAGGGAUCCGCUCAUGUCGCAGAGCGCUGAGUUGAUGAGGUUGAACAAGAUGCCAUCCAAGAAGCACAUUCAAGAUGGCGUGGAUGUCCUGUCUAUUGCAGCUUGA